UAACCCUACUGCUUUAACUCAGAAACUUUCUCAGUUGAACCGCAGUAGAUCAUGGCAAAGGCAUACAGGAUCUGCACCAUCUUACUCAGGCUCAUGGCCAUGGCCGCCGUCAUCGCCGCCGCCGUCGUCAUGGCCACCAGCCAUGAAACCACCACCUACUUCAACCUCACCCUCAAGGCUGACUUCACACAAACACCUUCCUUCAAGUUCUUUCUCAUUGCAAACUGCAUCGCUGCUCUUUACAGCCUUUUGGCUCUCUUUGCCUCCUGGACUUUUAUCCCUCCGAGAUGGGUCAUGGUGUUUGAUGUGAUGAUUGCGAUGCUUCUGACGUCGGCGAUGGCGGCGGCGUUGGCGAUAGCACAGAUCGGGAAGAAAGGGAACCAACACGCCGGAUGGCUGCCUAUAUGUGAUCAGGUCCCCAAGUAUUGCAACCAUGUCAUGGGAGCCCUCAUAAGUGGCUUCGUUGGCCUCCUGUUCUACACCAUAAUUGUUUUCUACACCAUUAGUACAGAGCUGAAUCCUCUUCUUUCAGGGAACAAAUGAAAGCUCAGAUGGUGGAUAGUCACUUCUUGCAAGAUAGAUCAAUUUUACAAAAUUGUAGUCUUUAUGGUUAAUAAAUGAUUUAAAUUAGUUUCAUAAUGCUUAUGUUUAUAUGUUUGGGAGUUUAUAUGUGGAUUUAGGAAUGAAGUGUUGAUGUGCAGUUUUGUAUUGUAUGAUGGAUUAGAGAUUAUAUUGAAUGCUGAAACUUUAUUCAAAGGAUUUUAUAUGUGAUUAUUAUUUUU